GUCCGUCCAGUUCCACCUCGAAGAUGCCUCCACCAAUCAGUCCGAGGGACGCGGUGUCCCAGAUGGAGCCUUGGCGCUUUCCGUAGUCAGGUGAUCGGAGCCGGAAGAGUUCGCGGCCGAGUAGAUAGACUUCGGGAAGCCUGCGGUUGCCGGGCACCGCGAUGGCUCCGGAGCCUUGGUUAUUGUUGUAUGAUUCUACUUGCAAUAUUGCACAAGAGAUUGCUGAAAAAAUUCAAGAACGCAACAGAUAUCAGAGGAAUGGUGAAAGUACAGCUAAGGUCAAUAUUGCAGUCAAGUCUUUAUUGCAAAAUCUUGAAGAAAAGACCAAUCGUCUGAAAGACCUGUUGUUUCACUCUGUAUCAACACGUCAGAUAACCCAGGUUGAAGGAGACAGGCGACAACAUUUAGUAGAUGAACUUAUCACAGCACACAGAAAACUUCAAGCAUCUUUCAAAAAUGAAAGCACAGAACCUGAUGUGAUAAGAUCUAGCCUAAUGACAGGAGGGGUCAGAAGAGAAGUAACAAACCCAUGGCUUGUGGAGGAGCCUGAGGAAACGAGAGGGCUUGACUUUCAGGAUAUCCGGCAGCAACAACAGAGAAUUAUAGAAGAGCAAGAUGCUGGUCUUGAUGCACUCUCCUCAAUCUUAUCUCGCCAAAAACAGAUGGGACGAGAAAUUGGAAAUGAAUUAGAGGAACAGAACG